AUGCAGUGCAGACCAGACUCGGUGGAACCAGAGCCAGGGACGUCCAAACCCGCAAGACGACACCAGUGCUCCCAGUGUGGAAAGUGUUUCAACCGGUCAGGACACCUGAAAGCUCAUGAGCGAGUACACACAGGGGAGAAGCCUUACCACUGCUCCCAGUGUGGCAAGUUAUUCAACCGGUCAGAACACCUGAAAGCUCAUGAGCGAGUACACACAGGGGAGAAGCCUUACCACUGCUCCCAGUGUGGCAAGUGUUUCAGCCAGUCAAGGGAUCUGAAAAAACACAAAAGAAUACACACAGGGGAGAAGCCUUACCACUGCUCCCAGUGUGGCAAGUGUUUUAGCGAGUUAGGGAAUCUGAAACGACAUGAGCUAGUACACACAGGGGAGAAGUCGUACCACUGCUCCCAGUGUGGCAAGUGUUUCAACCGGUCAGAAAACCUGAAAGCUCAUGAGCGAGUACACACAGGGGAGAAGCCUUACUACUGCUCUCAGUGUGGCAAGUGUUUUAGCCAUUUAGGGACUCUGAAACGACAUGAGCGAGUACACACAGGGGAGAAGCCUUACCACUGCUCCCACUGAAAAGGGUUUUAACCAGUUCGGGGCCCUGAAACAGCAUGAGAGAAUACACACAGGGGAGAUGCAUUACCACUCCUCCCAGGGUGCAAAGCAUUUGCCCAUUUAGGAAGCCUGAAAGAGCAUGACACAGAGGAGAAUGCUUACAAAAACUUAGACUUUGGGAAAACAUAUUACUCAUAACAAUGUCAUUAGAGAAUCCACACAGGAGAGAGAAAUUACUUCUCUUAGCGUGUAUAUUGAUAUUUCACAUCUCAUUUUUCUUACAAUUCAUCACAUAACAUACACAGUGCUCCCAUCGUCUUAUAUUGUAGCCUUAUAAUGUGUUGACCUGUUUUUACCAGAUGAAAUUGCUUCUUCCAAUUAUUGAGUAACAUGUACCUGUUAAGAAACUGACUGUUAGAACUGUUAAGGCUCCAUGGAUUGAUGAGGAAUUUAA